AUGGGCAGUGACUGCUUCACGUGUCCGGGUAUCUGUAAGAAGUGCCUGCGGGACUGGACGCAGGACAACCUCACGCAGCCCAGCUCCACCGCCUUCUCUCUUGGCGGCAGGGCGCUCAGCCGCAGGGGCACGCGCUCCCUCGCGGAGGCUGGCCCACAGCUGCUGGCCCACAGCGCCCCGGCCCCGCAGCACGCCCUUCCGCAGGUCCUCGCCCAGGCCCAGGAACUCCCGUUGGUCUUCGACGCUUUCGAGGACCUGCGCGUGCCCUCGGGGCUGGGGGCGCUGGUGCGCGACCUGUGCUGUGACUGGAGGACGCCGAGACCCGCGCCUGUCCUCUUGGGGAGCUUGCUGAAGGGAAGGCUCCUCCCCAUGCUAGUGGUCACCACGUGGCCCGAGGCCCUGAGCGAGCUGCGGCUGCUGCUGGAGCAGCCACUCUUGGUGGAGAUGGAGGGGCUCUCAGAACGCGACAGGAGCGCGUAUUUCUGGUGACACUUUGCAGGGGAGGCGCAGGCGCUGAGCGCUUUCCACCUGAUGCAGAGCAACGCGGCGCUGUUCCGCCUGGGCCUGGCGCCCGCCGUGUGCUGGACGGUGUGCACCUGUCUGCGGCUGCAGAUGCACCGGGGCGGGGACUCCCGCCCCACCUGCCAGACCGCCAGGGCGCUGCGGCUGCUUCCCACGCGGGGCAGCUGCCCGGGGCCUGGCAUCGCCGCUGCGCUGUGCGCCCUGUGCCUACUGGCGGCGCAGAGCGCGCUGUGCGAUGCGCACGACCUGCGCCGGCUGCGCGUGCACGAGUCGGCCCUGCGCCCUUUCCUGGACAGGGGCAUCCUCCAGAAGGGCCGAGACUGCCAGGGCUGCUACUGCUUCGUCCGCCUGAGCGUCCAGCUCCUGGCCACCGCGUUCUACGUUCUGCGGGGCGAGGACGGCCAAGACGCGGGGAGCCCCACCUGGACAUCAGGUGUGCAGAGGCUGCUGUCCAAGCAAGAAGGACUCAAGAACCCCCACCUAGCCCCCGUGGGGCGCUUCCUGUUCGGCCUCGCCAAUGAAAAGAGGGCCAGGGAGCUGGGGACGACCUUUGGCGCCCUGUCCAUGGACGUCAAGCAGGAGCUACUGGAAUGCAGAGUAAGGUCCGCCCAGAACAGACACUUCUCCUCGGUGCCUGACACAAAGGAGACUUUGUACUGUCUCUACAAAUCCCAGGAGGAGCCGCUUGUGAAGGAGGCCAUGGCCCAGGUCACCGAAGUGGCCCUGCAUUUGCAAGAUCCCUCGGACAUCGUGCAUGCAUCCUUCUGCCUCAAGCACUGUGAAAACUUGCAGAAAAUGUGGCUGCGGGGAAAGGGGAUGUUCCUGGAGAGCGAUGCUGCAUGGGAACCAGAGGCUCAGGCUGACGGUUCGAACAAGAAUCUGUGUUUCCUGGACGUGAGCCGAAGCUUCCUGAGUCCCUCCUCAGUGAGGAUUCUUUGUGAGCAGAUCGCCCGUGUCACCUGUCAUCUCCAGAAAGUGGUAUAA